AUGUCUCUAACAGUGCUGUUUGCAGGUCGCAGUCAACAACUUAUAUCAAGCUUCAUCCUCCAACAACUUUUUGCCGACAUCUCCCCCAACGAUACCCAAAACCCCGAGGCCACGAAGCCAAUUGCCGGCGCGCAUACUUUUCUUCUUCUCUUUCACCCCCACACCACACGCAAAACGAUGUCUGGCGGCGGUGGCGGCGGCGCCGGCGAUGCCACCCUCUUCGAGGAGAGCUUCACCAUCACCGACUACGACCAGUCCAAGUACGACCGCGUGGCGCGCAUCUCGUGCACGUCGGGCGACUCGCAGACGGUCAUGGCGCUCGACAUCAACCUGGAGCUCUUCCCCUGCGCCGUCGGCGACUCGCUGCACGUGGUCCUCAGCACCACGCUCUCGCCCGACGGCGCGCGCGACGACGACAAGGGCUGGCGCGACGUGGGCAAGGGCGGCGACGCGCCUGCGACGCUCGCAGACCUGUACGACUACGUCUGCUACGGCAAGCUUUACAAGUUUGAGGAGACGUUUGACGGAGCGACCAUCAAUGCCUACGUUUCUUUUGGUGGUCUGCUCAUGUCGCUGCAGGGACCGGUCAAGAAGCUCACACCUCUACGAGUCGACGCCGUGUAUCUUUUGAUCAAGAAAUAG